AUGUCCACCAUCUCCUCCCCCCGCCCAUCAAUCACCUCCUCACGCGCCCACUCGCCCACCCCAGCAUCCUCCCGCCGACCAUCGCUCGACACCCUCAACACCAAUGUCGGCCCCGGCCUCAGCGCCAGCUCGACCCCCUCCACAGCCCGUGCUGUCUCUCCCUCCCUCCAUCCACGCCGCAACCGCGCCGCUCUCCGCGACUACUACAACCUCAAACCCUCGGCAGCCGAAACGCCAGGAGCCAGACGAUCCCGCAGCAUUCCCCGACCCACAGACGCAGCGGACACCUCGAAUCCCUCAGUCGUCCAGACCGGGACGGAACUCGAUAGUCCGGAUUUCGAUGCCCAGCAUUACGUCACCCAUCUCCUGGCUACGUCGUCGCUGUCGACCGUGCUGAAGGCAGAGAAUACCCUCGUCGGGGACAUCAAAACGCUGGAUAGCGAGCGCAAGGCGCUUGUCUACGAUAACUACUCGAAGUUGAUUCGGGCGGUGGAGACUAUUGGGAAGAUGCGGCAGAGUAUGGAUGACCGGGGGGCGCCGUUGACUAUGACCAAGACGUUGGGACCGGCUAUUGCUUUUGUGGCGGAGACGGCUGGGGGGCUGAUUCAGGAGGGGGAGGAGCAGAGACGGCGAAUGAAGGAAGCGAAGGCGUCGGAUGAGGGGGAGCGCAAGAAGGCUGAGAAGGAAACGGUGAGUCGGGAGGAGGCUGAGAAAGAUUGGGAGGAGGUGCGGGAGCUGCUCCAGAAGUGGGCGGGUGUGAAAGGUGUCCAGGAGCUCCGGGAGACUUGUGAGAAGGUCAUGGAAAAGACCGAUGACGCUUCCUGA